CGAGGAACUUCCACCUCUAACUCUCGCUGUGUGAAAAAUUACGAAAGAAUUUUUGGUGUUCACUCUUAAGACCGACCGAAAUUUUCGCAAAACGAACAAUGGCAUCGAUCUGUGGACGCAUGGCGAUUCGUGCCGCCGCACGCCAGAAUGUUGCAUACACGCCCGUGCGUUUCUGCAAAAUGAUGAACGAUCCAUUGGAGCACGCCACCGGUAUCGAGAAGCGAGAGCUGCUGGCCAAGGCCGCUGGCAACGAUAACCCCUUCGACAUGAAGGUCUUCAAGCGGGGAGCCGGUACCAAGGAGAACCCCAACCUGAUUCCAUCGGCCUUUGAUGCCCGUAUUGUGGGCUGCAUCUGCGAAGAGGAUCAGACCUACGUGCAAUGGAUGUGGCUGCAGAAGGGCAACCAGAAACGCUGCGAGUGCGGACACUGGUUCAAGUUGGUGGAGAAGGCCGCUGUUUAAAGUUAUUAUUAAUUAAUUAAAUAAACCAAUUAAUAACAAAAACACAACAACCACUAUUAAGCUAAAAGUCAUCCAAUUUAGCUGCCCAAAUAAAACAAACAUCAAUCCAAAACAAAACGUAACCUAAACCAAGAAAAGAUCGGGUGGCCGCAGCUUCAAUUUUCGGUAUUUCAGUUUCGCCUGUUUAUUUUUUCCUAAGGAGAGGAGAGAGAUGUUUAAUUAUACACUUAAGUGAACAAUAAAGGCAACCAAGUGAUUUCGAGUGAAA